UGUGGAAGAUGCGGUAUAUGAUAAGCACUUAAAAGAACUACAAGGCUUAGAAGCUCUGUAUAACUUUGUUUUUCCUAAUUCGCCCGCCCAAAAAACUGGUUAUCCUAGUAGUAAUCAGUUCCACCCAGUGGUGCGGCAAAAUCCUAUGUUAAGUUUAGAUAGCGUGAAUAAUCAAGAAGGCUUAUUCCGCUUUGAUGAAAGACCUCCUGUAUCAAAAUCAUCAACUAACCCAAAUCAGCACCCGUGGCAACGGAAUA